AUGCUCAAGAUCGACAACUCUGUUUUCGUUCUUUUCGUUAUAUCGGUGCUGUGUGCAGUAUAUUUUUCACUGUUCAGUAUCCCACUGUUCUCAACGGGCAAAAAGACACCCAGUGCGGUCGUGAAAAUCGAGGAGAAAGUUAAAACCUUAGAAGUGCAGGUAAAAGCCAUUAUGGACAUAUUGGGAAUGAAGGUUAAGGCUGGUGAUAAGGGAAAUGGUGGAGAAAAGGAGGGUGAGGGGAAGGAGGGUGAGGGGAAGGAAGGUGAGGGGAAGGAAGGUGAGGAAAAAGAAGGUGAGGAGAAGGGAGCGGAAAAAAGUGAGAAAGAAAAGACAGGCACAGGCAUGUCGGGUAUGCCAGGUAUGCCUAAUAUUUAAGUGAGCGGUCGUGAACCGGUUGGGAGGGUGUAGCUCGGGAAGGAAUAGAAAAUACGGUAGAAUGGUGGGUGCAUGUGUUGCGGCACAUCACAUGCAGCAAUAAACCAUGAAAUAAAUGCGGUUGUAGAGUGGCAUUUACAGCAUAUUCCUUUAUUUGAUUGGUUGGGCGUGAAGUGGCAA